CAAGAGGAACUUUGGUCUGAAGUUUCUUCAUCAUCAUUAUUAAUCCAAGAUCCAACAACAAACUUUUACUCAAAUCUCUUUCUCUUAUUCCCUUUUCUAAAAAAAUGGUUUCUUUUCAACUUUUAUAGCUGAUUUACUGAAAUUCAUAUACAGAAAUGAAAUACCCAACAAGGGUUCUUGAGAACUUGUAUUGUAGUAGCUGAUUUUGUAUGAAAAUUUGAUGAUUAGUUGCUUAACUAUUGCUUGGCUUUGCUUUUUGAGCUGACACGAACAAAACAUAUGUCGAGAGAUUUUGUUCAAUCCACUUCAAGGCUGUGUUCUGCUUUUCAAGAUAGCAAUGAUACAAAAUGAGGGUCAAGAACAAAUUCAAGGAAUCAUUCAUUUUACAUUGCAAUGCAGGGGGCAGAUUGUUUCCACUUGUUGUAGGGUGCCUUCUUUUCCUUCACCUUUUCUCCUUUGUUCAUCAAAGAAACGCGCAAAGUGGGGAGACUCACUUAAGUACAGACCAGCGCACACAGUUUAGCAUACUUGAAAAGGUCGAGGAGGAGAAUAUACAGCUUCCACAGCCCAGGAAGCGAUCCACACGUGCUGCCAAACGGAAGCCUAAACGGCCAACCACCUUCAUUGAUGAAUUCCUCGACGAGUCUUCCCAGCUAAGGAAUGUGUUUUUCCCUGAUCAGAGGACUGCUGUGGAUUCUAGGAAGGAUAACGGGAAUGAUACCUACUAUUACCACCCAGGAAGAAUAUGGUUAGAUACAGAGGGAAACCCGAUACAGGCUCAUGGGGGAGGCAUUCUUUACGAUUCGAGGACAAAAAUGUAUUAUUGGUAUGGAGAGUAUAAAGAUGGCCCCACUUAUCAUGCUCACAAAAAAGGAGCUGCAAGGGUUGAUGUCAUUGGUGUCAGUUGCUAUUCGUCUAAAGAUUUGUGGACUUGGAAAAAUGAAGGCAUUGUUUUAGCAGCUGAAGAAAAAAACGAGACACAUGAUUUAUACAAAUUGAAUGUGCUAGAGAGGCCAAAAGUAAUUCACAAUGAGAAGACAGGUAAGUACGUAAUGUGGAUGCAUAUCGACGAUGCCAAUUACACCAAAGCUUCUGUGGGUGUUGCCAUUAGUGAGUUACCCACUGGCCCCUUCAAUUAUUUGUAUAGCAAGCGGCCUCAUGGAUAUGAUAGCAGGGACAUGACACUGUUCAAAGACGAUGACGGUGUAGCGUAUCUGAUUUACUCAUCGGAACACAACAAGGACCUUCAUAUUGGUCCACUUAACGAAGAGUAUAUAGAUGUGACAGAGAGCAUGAGAAAGAUUCUUAUCGGACAACACAGGGAAGCACCUGCUCUAUUUAAGCACCAGGGAACAUAUUACAUGAUCACAUCUGGCUGCACUAGUUGGUCUCCAAAUGAGGCCCUUGUUCAUGCAUCCGAAUCAAUUAUGGGGCCGUGGGAGACCAUUGGAAACCCAUGCAUUGGCGGGAACAAGAUUUUUCGACUAACUACUUUCUUUGCUCAGGGUACAUUUGUGGUUCCUUUAUAUGGGGUACCUGGUCUCUUUAUCUUCAUGGCAGAUAGGUGGAAUCCGGCUGACUUGAAGGAUUCGAGGUAUGUGUGGCUACCAUUGACAGUGGGUAGACCUUUAGAUCAUCGUCCCGAGUACAGUUUCGGGGUCCCUUUGUGGUCUAAAGUGUCUAUAUAUUGGCAUAAAAAAUGGAGACUUCCUUAUAGGUAACAGUGAAAAAUGUAAAUAGGGGUUUUAAAACUCUGAUUUUUUUUUGUAAAACAUAUUCUUCUCUCUGUUGUUUUUGAGUAUUCAUUCACAGCAUGUGUUAAAGUUAUUACCAUUGAUUUAAAAGAGGAUCGGUGUAAAUUUGUAGAGUUCAUAUAUAUACUGCGUUUCUUGAUUUUAACUAUCUUGUC